AUGGGGUAUUCGUACGGGAUGGUCAGAUACGAACAUGAUCGGACUGGAUGGGUAAUUUUAUAUUGUUUUAGUUGGGCCUUGUGUGGGCUUUUCAAAUAAAUUUGAUGUUCCUAAAAUUCUUCCCGUAUGCUUUAAAAAGGCUAUAAAUCGAUCUCUGAAAGCAUUUAGUAAAAAAUUUUUUAAAUUUUACCGAAGGUAUUAUGUAAUCUCUUUUCGAGAGAACACAUAAAACGAGGAGAGUCGGCCAGAGGAAAAUAUGUUUCAGCAAAAUCCUCGCGAACUACGCUCGGAAAAAGUUUUUCUUGUUGAACUAAUACUGACCCGCCCUCUGAAUGAAAUCUUGGAUCAAUUCUCAAAAAAAAACCCGCUGAACUACAGAAAACGUAUUUUACAAUUAAAAAUAAAAUUUCCAGGAUUACUUCUACACGAUUUUCCUGCUGUUUUAUGUCGCCUAUUCAUUUACUGAUCUUGUAAAACAUGGUUUGGAUGUCAUCUAUCACAACGAUUAUUCUGAUGGGGCGACAGUUCGAUGGGCCAUCGGUAAGUCGAUUUUUUGGAACCUUUAUAGAGACAUAAGACCAUUAAAAAGUUCGAUUAAAAAUUUUUGAACUUUUUUUUCAGAUUCAUGCACAGCGAUUCUUGGGGUCAUUGUAAUAGUAGUCGAAUUGCCCGGUUGUACCAUGUACUCAGACCGCUGGGUUUUAUGGUGGCUUGGAGCGGUGGUUUACAGUGCAUUGGACAUGUUGCAUUGCUAUUUGAGCACUAAAGAGGUAUACAAAUUUUUCGCAAAUAUUUUGUUCAAAUUUUAGGGAACUGGGUCUCUUCAACGAAUAUGGAAGGAUAAUGUCGUCUAUCGAAGGCUGACCAAUAACGAGAGCGACGAGGAGGAGCGUUUUAUUGCAUAA